AUGGCGUCCACGUCGAAGAACGCACAGCGCGCUGCUGCUUCGGUAGCUCACUCAUAUCACGUUUGUCUAGCACGGCGUAUGUCGCGGCUGCCGACACUGCUCUCCAACAUCAGCGCACCAGCUGCCUCGAAGGCAUUGGAUCGAUAUGAAAGCAAACGCAUUCAUAGUAGAUCCUUCAGCUCAUCUCUAGCGGCGCAAAGAGUCCAGCGACCCACAUCUGCUGGUCCAAUACUCACCAAUCCCAUCUCGGACCACGAAAAGGACAACGACGAACUGCGCUCCCUGUUCGACGCACCACCAACUUCCUCUUCCGCGAACCAUCUUAGAUCAUCUGGCCCCUCAACAGGACUGUUCGAGAUCCCUUCACUCACAUCGCCACAAAAUUUUCUCGUCCUAGCGCAGCAGACGCUUGCGCGUGCCCAGCUGCUCGUAGACCGGAUCGACCGGGCUGGUUCCGCGGACGCCAGCACAGCUCAAGGCAUCAAGGAGCUCAAAGAAGUGGUUCGAAACCUCGAUAGGCUUAGCGACCUUCUCUGCGGAGUCAUUGAUAUGGCCGAACUGGUGCGCAAUGCUCAUCCUGACCCGGAGUGGGCCGAAGCAGCCAAUGCGGCAUACGAAUAUCUGUGCGGCUACAUGAACGUUCUCAACACACACACUGGGCUGUACAGUGUACUCAAGAACAUUCUCUCUAUUAAAGAGGUAGCAGAGACGCUAUCAAAGGAAGCCACGGCUGUAGCACAGGUGUUUUUACGCGACUUUGAAAAGUCGGGCAUCCAUCUACCACCAGCUGAGCGCGAACGAUUCGUGCAGCUCUCGGACGAAAUUUUGGUUCUCGGUCGCGGAUUCUUGCAAGACAUCGCUGGGAAUGAUGCUUCAGACGACUUUGCUCGCAUAGCAAGUGCACAAGCGGAUGCGGACAAAUCAGACAUGGUUGGGCUGCCAACGCAUUGGUUGGAAGACGUCAAUCCGACGAUACUGAAAGCGGUGCGAGCGAGCGCGAUUACUGACACCGAUGGCUUGCUCACCUUUUCCGCCGCCGACCAACCAUGGGUAUUUCAAACACUACUCAAGUACGCGCCGGAUGAACGUGCUCGGAAGGUCGCCUUCCGCGCUGCGAACUACGGCAGCCAGGCUCAGGUGCAACGUCUGGAACGGCUGCUGAAAGCGCGUGCUGAACUUGCCACUCUCACGGGCGCCAGUUCGUACGCUGAAAUGGCUUUGGGAGACAAAAUGGCCAAAGAGCCGCAGAACGUCGAAGAAUUUCUGCGUGCGCUAACGAAACAUCAUCGUCCGCGAGCCUCGCACGACCUCGACAAGCUUCGGCGACUCAAACACAAUGCCACCGUCUCAGAGCCUGCCCAAAACACACGGCAAUCGACGUUCAACACAAAUUCGACGCUGCCCGAGUUCGCACCGUGGGAUAGGGAUAUGUACACCGAACAACAUUUUCGUUCGGCAUCGCUCAGCAACGUUCAGCCUCUCUCGCCGUAUUUGAGUGUCGGAUCCGUGUUCGCCGGGCUUUCUCGGUUGUUUUCUGCAUUGUACGGCAUACGCUUCCGAGCCAGUAUGGUGGCUCCCGGCGAAGUUUGGAGCGAAGGAGCAGGUGAUGUGAUGAAGGUCGAGGUGCUGGAUGAAUCCGAAGGUGCGCGUGGCACCAGUGGCUCUGCUGAGGGCUUGAUCGGGACCAUCUACGCGGAUCUUUGGAGUCGAGAGGGGAAGCCUGGCGGAGCAGCGCACUACACUGUUCGUUGCUCCAGGAGGGUGGACAAGGACGAUGAAGCAGGAGAUUUUACUUAUGGACGAGCCGAGGAUGGGCGGGUGGUGAGACCUCAAGAUCUGGGAGGGGAAGGGUGUGGGAACCCACUACAAGCGCCAACGUUCGAACAGCGCGAGCGUCCUGGAAGGUACCAGUUACCUGUCGUAGUCUUGAUGUGCGACUUUGCUCGUCCGGGAAACGCGAAUCAAGGGCCGUGUCUGCUGGGUUGGCAUGAGGUCGAAACGUUGUUUCACGAAAUGGGCCAUGCGAUCCAUUCGAUGAUUGGACGAACUUCGUACCACAACGUAUCUGGUACACGCUGCGCGACCGACUUUGUCGAACUACCGUCGAUCCUGAUGGAACAUUUUGUCUCUUCUCCUCAAGUGGUUCACCUGCUCGCACGCCAUCAUUCUACCGGGGCAAGUUUACCGUUCGAACACCUCUCAUCGCAUCUCGCCGCAAGUAAAUCACUGGAAGGCUUGGAUACAUACCACCAGAUCCUGCUCGCGCGUCUGGACCAGCUCUACCACUCACAGCUAGCUGCGUCUCCCUCGUUCUCGUCUACCACGACCUACUCGGAUCUGGAUCGUCAAAUGCAUCUCCCGGGAGCUCCCAACCUGUCGUAUACAGAAGGCGCUCAUCCACAAGUACGCUUCGGCCACCUGUUCGGUUACGGCAGCACGUACUACUCGUACCUGUUGGAUCGGGUGAUCGCGAGCAAAGUGUGGAACCAUCUUUUCGCCAAUAACCCACUCGACAGGUACGCUGGCCAAGUAUUCAAGAACCAAUGCUUAAAGUACGGCGGUGGCAAAGACCCCUGGCACAUCCUCGCCGACGUGCUCAACGAAGACUCUGUCAGGCAAGGCGAUUCUCGCGCCAUGCAACAGGUCGGAAAGUGGGGCAUCGAGUGCUAA